AUGCCAAAAGGCAAAACUAAGCAACAAUCUACAGAGCCAGCCAACCCCGCACUGCCACCCAUCAGCGUGGAAGAGGCAGUGGAGAAUGUUGUGGCCAGCCUGCGCAUGAGGGCUGCUGGCACGCAGCGCAGAGUCCUCCAAUGGCAGGAACUGGCCCGCGCCUUGGGCAAGGGCAAGGGAGCUGCGCGAAUUGCCUUCCUCAGGAAUCUCAACCCUAACCUGCGGCGAGGGGCGUUCAGUGCGGACGAGGUGAUGCUUGUGGCCUGCCUGCACCUGAAGCUGUGCCGCACCUGCGAGUCACCCAUCUCCGAGAUCGGUAUCGCGCUGGGCACCACGGACGCUUAUGGCCUGCCGCUCGAUUUCCGCAGCCCCUUUGACAUCAGCGACCUGCUGCGCAAGACAGCCGAGAAGGACUGCCCGCCGCGCAGCGCAGCGAAGAGUGUUUUCUUCUUCCAUUACGCGCGGCGGCUGGCGGCCGUCAUGGCGUCCGAUGACUUUGCUGGCGACCGCGCAUGGGACCAUCUCGCCGGGCAUUUCCGGAGGGCCAUUCUCGCGGUUGCCCCACACAGCAGCAAGGAGCUGGAGCUGCUGAUCAAAGCGCUGCACAAGACUGGGCAGCUCGCCAAGUUUGGCUUUCACUCCAACGCGCUGCCGGCCGAAAUGCGCAGGUGA